AUGGACCAGGACCGUGAGGUCCAGCUACAGCGGAGCAGCAUGCGGCGCAAGACCCUCACGUCUAUCGACAGCGCGCCGAACUCGCAGCUGAGUGGCACGAUAGCCAAGCCGAAGCGGAAGCGGAAGGCUGCUGACGUGGGAAAACGAUCAGCCAAGAAGCGUAGUUUGUCCGUGGACGGAGAAGAAGAGACGCCUCCGCGGGACAACCCGGGCUCUAGUCAGGCGGGGGCAUCGACGGCGGCGUCGAGCCCAACGCCCUCCUCGCCUUUGAGCCCACUACGGGCUCUAGCAGGCCCAUCGGCGUCGACGGUGUACAAGUCGGACGGGGAAGAGGGCGACGAGGACGAGGACGAGGAGAUCGACCUCGGCACAGCGCUCAACCGGCAUAAAGUGGAGAUGAAGAUAGUUAGAGUCUUCGGCGACGACAGCGAUCUUAGCGCUCCGUCAUCGCCAGAACCGCCGCGGUGGAAGAAGACUGUGCAUCCAGGCGUGGAAUCAGGCGACACCUGUCUGGUGAAGCACUCGCGCUGCUGGUUCCCCGCCAAGCUGCUGCAAUUCAAGCCCGGGAAAGCGGAGGGUGAGAAGGACUUUUACGAGGUCGAGACUCAAGACGGCUGUGUCUACCACCCCAGCCGCAAGGCCGUGCUAUUUUUGUACGAAGGAGACGCGAUCGCGCGCGCAAAGAUUGGGCAUUACGCCAUCUCGCCCGAUCCCAAGAGCCGGGUCACGCCGGCGCCGCUCGCCGACGACGCGACCGAGUACGAGCGCUUCCGUGCGCUCGAGCUACCGGAGCAAGUCGGGCGGCUGCACGCGCACCUCGAAGCCGUCGCGGCGGAGCAGUACGCGCCCGCGCAGUGGCGCAUCGACGCCUUCCACGCCGGCACAGUGAAGCGUGCGGAGCUGAACGCCGAAAUCGCUUACGGCGACUUUAGAGACGGCGAAGCACGGACGGUGAGCGCGCUCCUCUCCGAGUGGGUGGGGCGACACGCGGGGAGCGGCCGCUUCGCUUCGCUAGCGGAAGACGAGCGGUCGCAGUUCGCGGGCUUCGUCCUCCUCCCCGAGACCAUUAUCGCCAUCUGCCGCCGCAGCUUUGACUUGGAUAGUGCUUCGGCGUGGCUGAGACUGCGCGACAUCCCGCCGCGCGAGGAGGACGCGGAGCGCGAAGAAGCACGGAUGUACGCCCUCGCGCGCGACAAGCUCGCCGAGCUGCGCGAGCACGACCACGCGACCGAGUGGGAGCGGCGCCGCGAGGAGGUCAAGCGCACGCAGGUGAUGGCGCAGAAGACGGCAGGGAAGCUGGCCGAGCCCGCAAGGCCUGAAGGGCGGCGCGCCGCACGCCUGCGCCACCCCGAGGAGGCGGAGCGCGAGGCGCAGGCGACGAUGCUCGAGAGGUUCGCGCGGAAAAAGAAUCAGGCAGACAGCCGGAAGGCCAAGGCGCUGACGAGCGCGAGUGCGGAUGGCGUCGCCAAUGGCGAGGAGCCAGGGGAGGGGGCCAUGGCGGAUACUGCGGAGUCGUCUCCGCCCACGAACACAAAGCCGAAGCGGGUAUUGCGGCAGCGGAAGUACUAG